GCUUGCCAAGUAUAAUAGGAGAGUGCCCAGGGGUCUUCCUGCCUCUUCCUGCCGGUGCUGGGAUUACAAGCAGGUGCCAGGUUCUCAGGGUGGAAUUCAGCUUCUCGAACUGGUGUGUGCAAGCACUUUCCCAGCUGACCUAGCACUCCAGCCCGUGUAUGUUUUUCUGUCCCACUCACUCGGGGAGCUCCCCGAGAGCAAGAACCGCGCCUCUGCCUUCUCCACGCUGUGUGUGUGCUGCUAUGUAAAAGAGAGAUGGGCUCAGCACGCGACACGACUGCAGCACAACUCUGAAAUUUGAGUUCAAUGCCCAGAACCCACCUAAAGGUAGAGAGAACUGACUCCACAAAGUUGUCCACUGGCUGCUGCGUGAUGACUGGAGGAUGAAUGAAACUUGGCUGCAUAACCCAGUAAGUGGUCUUUAAACUACAACCUAGAUCUCCCCAAAGGAAACGUGGAAACCCUUAGCUGCUGUGGCAGAUGGUUCUGUCUAAGCCAGCCCGUGGGGGCUUGUCUGAGCAGACAAGGAAGCAGGGCACCAGGAAGGGAAAAAGCUGCCCCCUUGGGUUACACACUCCUUAUCUAUGGCAUGGGUCAGCUGACAUGCGAUUCUGAUGGCAGGUGCGGUCAGAGGCAGGCACAUGACCCCAGCGCCAGCCGGAGCCUCUGAGAGAGGAAGUUCAAAGAAUCCUAUGCUGACACUGCACAGCCCACUAGGGCUGCGGAGUUCUCUGCAGCCCAUCUUUGGGGAAGGCUCCUCUGCGGGGUUUCACGCCUCUCUGCAUUUGCACGGCAGCCAUGGCUGGGAUUAUUUACAGUUAGUACAUAGAUGGCUUUUUGGUUCUAUGUUUGGAAUCAGUGAGAAGAGGGCCAUCAAGAUGGCCUAUUGGGUAAAGAUACUUGCUGGAAAGCUUGAAGACCUGAGUUCAAUCCCCAGGACCUGCAAGGCAGAAGCACAAUCCAACUCCGUCUGGGGCCCUGCAGUCCCGGCUUAGAGGCUGUUGAACAUUCACGUUGACCCUUGAGCUGGUGAAGGCCCCUGACAGCGCUAGUGAGACUCCGGGAAAGGGGAACCUGGACAAGGAGGGUGCGCCUGUGAACCAGCCACUUCCCAGAGUGAAUCGAUGUCCGCUCGGCGUGGAGGUGCCCUAAGCACAGAGGUAGCGAUUUCCACCCUGCCGGACCAACUACGCCAAGGAUUGGCCUCCGGGACCAGGCUUCUCAGCCCGCUGGCCACGACCCUUCCUGGAGGCUGUGCUAAGGCCAGGAGGGACCCACAGAGAGAGGGGGAGGAGGGUCCCGCUGGAGGGGCGGAGCGUGGCAGAACCUGCCCGAGGUCGCUGGGGAGCCCAGAUCCCAUGGAGGCGGCCGGCUGCACCUACCAGUUUCGGAUCGCACUGCUCGGGGACGCGGCGGUGGGCAAGACGUCCCUGCUGCGGCGCUACGUGGCCGGUGCGCGCAGGGCGGAGCCGGAGCCGGAGCCCACGGUGGGCGUGGACGUCUGCAGCCGCGUGCUGCAGCUGCGCGCCGGGCUGCGGGUCAAGCUGCAGCUCUGGGACACCGCGGGCCAUGAGCGCUUCAGGUGCGUGACCAGAUCCUUCUACCGCAACACGGUGGGCGCUCUGCUGGUCUUCGACGUGGCCAACAGAGAGUCCUUCGAACACAUCCAUGCCUGGCAGCAGGAGGUCCUAUCCGCCCAGGGCCCUGGCAAGGUGAUCUUCUUACUGGUUGGCCACAAGUGCGACCUGAGCACCCGAUGUGUCUCCACCCAGGAGGCAGAGGAGCUGGCCGCCUCGCUGGGCAUGGCCUUCCUGGAGACCUCAGCCAAAAGUAACUGCAACGUGGACCUGGCCUUUGACACUGUCACCCAUGCCAUCGAACAGGCCCUGCAGCAGGGCGACAUCAAGCUGGAGGAGGACUGGACAGGUGUCCGUCUCCUCCACAGAGCCCCAACCCCUAGAUCCCCCAGACGGAAGCAGGACUCUGGGCCAUGCCAGUGUUGACUCCGGGAGAGAAAGGGUUAACGUGGUGCCAGCCUUAGCCACCGCCCACCCCCCAUCCCCCCA